UUUCUUUUUCUCCGUUGUGUUUCAGAGCUUAUAACUUCCUGUUUUGGUUAGAAUGGCCAGGACCAAGCAGACAGCCCGUAAAUCCACCGGUGGCAAAGCUCCCCGUAAGCAGCUGGCCACUAAAGCUGCCCGGAAGAGCGCGCCUGCCACUGGGGGAGUGAAGAAGCCUCAUCGUUAUCGCCCCGGCACUGUAGCCCUGCGAGAGAUCCGCCGCUACCAGAAAUCAACUGAGCUGCUCAUCCGCAAGCUGCCGUUCCAGCGCCUGGUGCGUGAAAUCGCCCAGGACUUCAAGACCGAUUUGCGCUUUCAGAGCUCGGCUGUUAUGGCCCUACAGGAGGCGAGCGAAGCCUAUUUGGUGGGGCUCUUUGAGGAUACCAACUUGUGCGCUAUUCACGCCAAGAGAGUCACCAUCAUGCCCAAGGACAUCCAGUUAGCUCGACGUAUCCGAGGCGAGAGAGCUUAAAGGCUGCUUAGCCAUCUUCCAAAUGACCCAACGGCUCUUUUAAGAGCCACUAAAUUUACACUUAAAGGAGUUGUAGCACGCCUAUAACUUAAGCGUUCUGAGAUGGCACAGCAUUGCGGGUAAACUGCUUUAUAAUUUAGUCCUAGUAGUUUCUCCAGUCCUUCAGUAAAAUGCAUUUAUUCCCUAUUAAUGUCUAAAGAAAAACAGUGCCAAACAGAAAGUUACUAUUUAAAACUUUAGCUUCAAGUUCCUUUCCCACUUUGAGGUGAUUAUGUGACAAACUCUAGAAAUAUUUUAUAAAAAUUAACUUGCAAUUCUAAGAACAAAAGUGGUAGACUUCUGUGGGUGGCGGUAGUCAAAGGAUUUUUAAUUUUACUUGUAAUCAGAUUGAUCACGUGGAAACCUUUUAUUCUCAGUCUGGUUAAAAGUAACCUAUAAACAAGUCGCCAAUGAAUUAUUUUGGAUUAGGGUAUGUGAAUGAUGAGCAGGAGGCUCGAACAACCCCUUUGUAAAACAAGCCAAUCUAAUUGGAAACUAAACACAAACGCGAUCUUUUUAGAGGAGGGAUGGAAGAUGCGAGACAAGGAAAGCGACAUUAUUGUGUCCUGUUCUCCUUAACGCCGCAUAUUAAGCCUGGUAGAUUCUUUUGCUCGAAGAUGUAUCAGAAUGAAACUGUAGACACCGAAACGUAAUCCUUUCAUUUAUUGCAAGUAAUUACCAUUUAAGAACUUCUCCAGUCUUUCAUGAAUUUAAGGCAGGACUGAGGGAAAUUAGAGAGAUCCUUCAUGAGGGCGCAGUGCCCCACAGUCUCAGAGGAGAGAAUUACUGAAGGUUAGUUGUGCCGCCCUCUAGAUAAUCACAAAUUAAAACAAAAUAUGAGGCUCGAGAGAGGUUUCAGCCCGUUCUGUGGGUUAGCGAUUAUCCUCGCCCCUUUCUUAUCUCCGGGAAUUUGUGUACGUGAUGGUUGUUCAGCAGUUAAGAGAAAGAGAACAGGGAUUACUUUGUUAAUAAAUUGGUCGUUUUGAAAAAAAAAUAGCGAGACAUGGAGCCUCUGAUAUAACAGAAGAAAUAAAUAUGUACCGAGGUGGCAGAAAAGGGAAGGUGGUUUUGUAGACGGGGGGAGGGGGGGGCACAAAAAAGCGGUACUGGGAUGGUUCAAGGAUCCUCAAUUUCAGGGAACCAGCCAGCUUGUGACGAGCGCUUCUAUUCUGUGCUUUCAGAGCUCGGCCGUUAUGGCCCGAUAGGGGGCCAGCGAAACCUACUUGGCGCGGCUCUCUGAAGAUAACUUUAACCAGUGUGCUAUUCGCGCCAAGGGAGUCACCAUCCUGCCCAAGGACAUCCAGUUACGUCCGUAGUGAGAGGGUUACAGGCUGCUCAGCACAGCCAUCUUCUGCAAUUUCCAAACGACUCUUUUAAAAGCCACUGUAUUCGCACUGAAAGGAUCUGUAACACUCCCGUAAUUUGUAACAUUUGUUAA